UGGGAAGGUCCAUCUUUACCCCGUGCAGCUUUUGGUUGCUAAGGAGACACGGAGAGCAGGAGAGGUGGUGGUGAUGAUGAUGAUGAUGACCAACAUGGAGGCUGAGUUUAAGUGAGGACUCUAGUGUCAGGCUGGCUGGUUGAGGUGCAGAGGGGACGCCACAAACCUCGCCAGGAGUCUGACUAGCGCACACACACACACACACACACCCUGUCCUUUCUGGAAUCCGGCUGGUCGCCAUGGUGACGCUCAUCACUGACCAGCUCCGCAGGCAGAGUUUAGACGAACCAUGUUAUCGCAGGGCUUUGUCUCUCAAUGUGUCAUUGCCUGAGGUGGGUAGCAGCCCGAAGAUGUCCUGGACUGGAUAUGGGCUGACUCCAGAGAGUGGGUGGUCCAAGCCCCAGCACCUGCAAGACCCCACAUCUGAUCCCCUGCCUCCCCCCAUCCCUGGGAGAGACCCCUUCUACUGGCCCCCCCUCCCCAGUCUCUCUGUGGCAGCACUGUGUCUGCAGAGCUCCCCUCCCCUAGCCCCUCAGAGCUACCCUCCCCCUCCUCCCCCAAAGCGACACUGCCGCUCCCUGUCCGUGCCCGAGGACCUGUCCCGCUGCCGCACUCCCUGGCGCCCCAGCGCCUCCAGGAUCUGGACCCCCGUCAAACGCCGCUGUCACAGCGGAGGAGGAGCCAGCGUCCUGGGUGGCCGGGCGGGCUCCGCUCCCCUGCGAGGCCCCUCCUCGUCCGUCACCUCCUCGUCCGUCACCUCCUCGUCCGUCACCUCCUCCAGCCCCACCUUCUUCAGCCUCGCCCUAUCCUCUGACUCCCCCCUGCCCUGGGCCUUCCCUUUGGACCCCUGGGACCCCUGGGACGGGCUCCGUGGGGGCUGUGCCUCCUUCUUCCCCACCCCCUCCUCCUCCUCCUCCCCGGCCCCGCCUGGCUCCUCCUCUCGGCCCCUCCUGCAGCGCCGGUUCUCCCUCUCCCCCAUGCACAUUCACCUGCCCCCCCAGGCCUCCCCUGCUCCUCCUCCUCUCACCCCUCACUGCCCUGGCCCUGGCCGGGACCCCCACGCCCCCUGGCCCUCCUCUGCCUGCAGCACCCCGGCCUCCUCCAGGCGAAAGCCCCACCCCGCCCUCCCUCGCUGCCACUCCCAGCCCUGCGACAUGAAGAAGCCCCGGCUGAAGAGACGCCACGACUCUGACAACUUGCCCUGCUCCAGACCGGGCCUGGACUUCAGCAAGAUGACCCAGAUCGCCAGUUGGGGGGGCCCUUCCCUGGGUGUCAUGCCCGCUCAGGGGGACCUGAAAGCAGCCUUCUUCCCUGCAGAGUCCCUGGGCCGGACCAGCAUCGGGCCAGUCAGCGAAAGCGAGGAGGAGGAAGAUGAGGAGGAAGAUAAGGGGUGUGUUGGAGUGGCAGAGGAAGGAGUUCAGAAUGUUUUCGAGAGAGACUGCACAGAAUUAGACUUGGAGCUGAUAGAGGAGAACUGAUGGGUGGUCCUAAUGGGUGCUUCUAGUGAGACUGGCUGCAUCCCUCACCCACAGCUUUCUGUCUGUCUGGGGCUGUUCCAUCACUGUCUGUCUGUCUGGGGCUGUUCACGUCACAGUCUGUCUGUCUGGGGAUGUUCACGUCACAGUCUGUCUGUCUGGGGCUGUUCACGUCACAGUCUGUCUGUCUGGGGCUGUUCACGUCACAGUCUGUCUGUCUGUCGGGGGCUGUCAUCACAGCCUGUCAUGUCAACAAUAAGCUACAGCCACAUCCUAACCAUAAUUCUCCUUUUCAAUGUUUAUUGAGUUUAUAAACUCCUAAAUAUAUGAGUAUGUAUGAGUUUAUUCUGUUACCCAAAACAUUCAGAGACACCAGUAGACAUGAAGUCUGGUUCAUAACUGGUAUUUCCAGUGAUAUGGGUUCUUGUGUACUAUUGUUGUAAACCUGCUGAUGUAGGUUGGUUGGGAUGAAUGUGUGUUGAGGAAGGAGGGGAAGCUGCUUCCCCAGAAUCACAAUAACCAAAUUUAGAUUUUUAUAACCAAACUCUGAGAAACAGACCUUGAACUAGAGGUGAAACUGGAAUGAUCUCAUGUGUGUUUCCUUAGCCAGCAAGGAGAGCCAUUCUUUGUGUGCUUGCUCAUCCUAAUCCUGUGCCUGUGUGUUUUUGAAGGAAUGGGCUUUAUCAGUGUUUUUAGAACACAUUCAUUAUCAAGACCCCUUCCCAUCCAUCACUGAAUGGAAUCAAAAUUGUACAUUGAUCAUGCCUUAAGAUGACGUUAAAUCAGUUGCUGUUUACUGGUGUUAAAGUUUUAUGGUUCUCUGUGAUCCGAUUGCUAGUGUCAUUGCCCUCCCAUAACCUGCACUGGAAUAGAUUAACAUUUACUGUAAGGAUGCUGCAGUCAUACCUGAAUUAGGGCACAAUGUUAUAAUGUACUGUACAGUGGCUCUGUGUGAGCCAGCUGGUUGACUGGGUGAGUGAAUGUGUGAGAUGAGUAGUGCGAGAUGUAGCCGUUCAGAGGCCUUGUGAGAGCAGAUUUUUACUGUAUGUUUUCAAGAUGGGAAAAUUCCUCUUACACAAUUUGUGUAAAAAUAAAGUUUAUUAGAG